AUGGCGGACCAAGGGCAGGCACCAUGCCGUAUCCUGGUUAUGGCCUCGGGGAACGGCUCCAACUUCCAGGCUCUCAUCGAUGCCGUCGCUUCUGGUACCAUCCCCAACAGCAAGAUCAUUCGACUUGUUGUAAACCGCGCAAAGGCCUACGCGACCACUAGGGCCGAACAAGCUGGUAUCCCCUGGGAAUACUUUAAUCUGAUUAGCGGCGGGUUCCUAGCCAAGGGCGAGAAGGACGAGGCUAAAGUUGCGGAAGCCCGAAGCAACUACGAUGCCGCUUUAGCGAAAAAGGUGCUCGAGAUGGAGGAGAAGCCAGAGCUCAUUGUCCUCGCCGGAUGGAUGCAUGUGUUCUCAGCUCCCUUCCUAGAGCCCCUCGAGAAGGCAGGUAUCAAAGUCAUUAACCUCCAUCCCGCACUCCCUGGUGCGUAUGAUGGCGCGGGUGCGAUUGAGCGCGCAUACAAUGACUUCAAGGCCGGCAAGGCGACGCGGACUGGCAUCAUGGUCCACUACGUCAUCCUCACAGUGGACAGGGGUGAGCCUAUCAUGGUCCAGGAGAUUGAGUGGAAGGGAGAAGAUCUUCACGCUCUUGAAGAAAGGAUACAUUCGCAUGAGCACGAACUCAUCGUCAAGGCUUCCGCAAAGGUAGCGGGCGAGAUUGUUGCGGCGCGCGCACAAUAA